CACUCUCCCUUCAAUCCAAUCAAAACGUCCGUCUUUUUCACUUCGCGAUUUCUUCUCCGUCUUCUUCUUCUCCCUCCUCCUCUGCCUCCAAAACCAAAAGUGGCGAAAAGCAAAAUUUUCCCUCCCAACGCCACUGUGCAAUUUGUGCACAUUUCUCUCUAACCGUCGCCUUUCUCCUUUCAUUUCCUCUUCCGCUACGGUUGCUCCGACGAGCGACGACGUCCUCUUUCCCUCGGUUCAUCAACUAAUAUUCCCUCCAAGUUGCCGGCGCCGAGUUGAUCGGUGCAGCGAGACAACAGAUCACGCGAUCGUUUCCCAAAUCCAGUUCUCUUUCCGUUUCCUCUCGAAGCUUCCUCCCUCUCUCGGCCAGUUUCUCGUCGAGGUAACCACCACCCCCCUCUCUCCCUCUGUUUCAGAGCUUGAUUGGUUACGGUUCUUGAACUAUGCACUCCAUCUGUUCGUAAGCUAUGUCCAAGAUUUUGAGUCUUUCCGCGCUUGUUCGAACAAGGUCUUUGUAGAUGACGGAAGGAUUAUGUGCAUCCUUAUGAUCCAUUGACGGCUGCGAUUUUGGCAUAUGCACUGAAUCUUGUUUGUGUGCGUUGUUUUUUUUAGACGCCUGGACUGGUUUUCUAAGCCGCAUUUUAUCGAGCAGGUGGGGGGGGAAAUAUGGUUCAGUCUCUCAAGAUCACCAUCGAGUUUGCGGACGAAUCCGAAACCGAAAACUUUGAUAGACUCAUGGAAUGCGUGCCUUCAGUAGGGCUUCAGGAUCUGCGGGUUCUCGGUUGCUCUGGAUUCAUGGAUGAGUCUCAUCACUCGCAGACUGCUUUCGAAUCGAUCUCCACUUGUGCCGAGUCGCUGGAGAAACUGCAGCUGGAAGAAUUCAAGUUUUCAGUAACGGCAUUUGGGCGGGAGUCCUGGUCUAGUUUCAGAGUACUCAGAGAAUUGGUUUUGGACGGGGUCUGCUUUGAUUUCAUUGGGGAGGAGGAAAUCGACCCUUUUGCUGGGUUCCCAGCGUUGAAGCAGUUGAGCCUGAGUUCUUGCUUCCGCCAUAUUCACCGGGAUGACGACCCUCUUGUUGAUACUGCCGUCUUGGGAGUAAACGGACACCAGUUGCUGACUCUGGAAAUAAACAAACCAAUUGGUUUCUCCGAGAUCACAGUUUCAGCUGCCAAGCUCACAUCAUUUACUUUUAAGUUCGAGAUUCUCGAUUCUUAUCCGAUAACAGAAGUCUCCUUGGACGCUCCAUCCUUAGAGCAUGCAGCUGUCAACUUGAAGGGAUACAAAGAUUCGACUGUUGACGAGAUUAAGGAAAACGUACAGAAUCGGUAUGCAGUGUUAAUCCAUGGUCUGCGUCGAGCGGAAUCUCUUAUCUUCAAAUUUGGUACCACCACGGCAUUCUGGAGUGCUUGUCAGCUGUUGAGAGGUCGACCUUCGCCUUUUCGAAGAUUGAAGUCCUUGACUUUGCGUCAUAAGGAAGACAGGGCCGUGAUAACUGAUCAUCAUCAGGAUGUGAUUGCUUACUUCUUCGGCAGGUCUGCUCCAAGAAUUUACUAUGGCGAUCGAGUUACUGAGAUUACUAAGCCAUGAUUCCUGCACCAUCCCUAGUACUUGAACGUUUUGCAAGCUGAAAGUCUGAUUGAUCCUAUUAGCUCUGAGAAAACAGAGGAUGAAUAAUUUGUUUCCUGUACUUUUACUGAUUGGGAAACUAGGGAGAUUUAUUGUUAAUGCUAGACUUUGUUGUUGUGUAACUCAUUGUUGUAGUGUUUCAUGGUGUCCGUUUUCGAUCUGUGAAUUGUGAUGGUCUUCCAGUGGGGACUAUAGUGGGAAAUGAGUGACUGCAGCUACAACAUUGAACCUUGGUGGUCUCUCCUUUUUGUGUAGUUUUACAGUGAGCUACCGUGGGAAAUGAAUGAACUUUUCAUAGGUCA